AUAAAACACCAAUUCACAACACACUUGAAAACUCGACGAGUCGCGACUCGCACUCGCAAUCACCCACAAGAAAACAUGGCAGCUUCGCACUCUCCAAAGCUCGGCGCUCGAUCCCGCCCAGGCAUGCAAGGUUCCGGCGAUGCUGAUCGCGAAUCCAACAUCAGCAAGCGACGCGUGUUUGAGAUGGAGAAGGAGAUGCUUACCGGAACGGGAUCCGUUCGACGCGGUGCGCAACUUAUCCACACAUGCAGGUUCCGGCGAUGCUGCGCACAAUCUCAACAUCAGCAUCCGACGCAUGUCGGAGAGGAAAGAGCAGAUGCAUACCAGACUGGCACUUGUGUGAUGCUGCCACAGCUGCACUGAGUGUCGCGGUGGCACUGUGAUUCGAAACGUAUCAGCAGAUUGAAAGCAAGGCGGACUCGGGGAGGCGAAGACUCACCCGGGCCAAGGUGUUGUCGAUGAACAAGCCGAUGACUGCGGCGACGAUGGCCAUGUUCGAGAUGUUCGGGAUGAUGUUCAUG